UAAGCUCGAGCCGCUUUUCAGUCUGUCCGUUUAGAUCUACGGAACAGCGCGAGGCGACUGGGACGCACGAGCUGGUGCGCGCGAACAAGAAAAACAAACGCGAAUAGUUUAUUUUUGCGCAACAUUACAGUUUUUUUUAUCAUUAUUUUAAUGAAUCGUGACCCAAACUCGCUUUUUAUGACGGAUAUUUGUCUCGCGCUGUCAACAUGGCCGUGGUGGAGCAGAAUAACCUCAUUCACGACGCUACCGAAAGAGACCGAUUGCUGUCUCCAGUGACUUGCUAUGGUUCGCAUGACGGCAAAACUGACCAUGGCAACUCCAAGAUAUACCCGCCGACCGGUACCUGGGUCACCAUGGACGAGGAAGAGGAAGAGCUGAGGAGGAAGUUAAAAUAUUUCUUCAUGAGCCCUUGUGAUAAGUACUAUGCCAAGGGAAGAAAGCCAUAUAAACUGUUCCUGCAGCUUGUGAAGAUCAUCAUAGUGACAGCACAGCUUGUACUAUUUGGUUUGAGCAACCAGAUGGUGGUGACAUUUAAAGAAGAAAACACAGCUACUUUUAAACAUCUUUUCCUUAAAGACUACAGCGACGGUGCAGAGGACACGCUGGCGGUGUACACGCAGAGUGAUGUCUAUGACCACAUCUAUUAUGCAAUAGAACAGUACCUGCACUUGCCAGAAACCACUGUGGGACGCUACGCGUAUGUGUACGGAGUGGGCUUCAAUGGCAGCGCUCUGUCUCUUUGCCAGCAAUAUUAUAAAAAAGGCCGCAUCGACCCAGCCAACGAUACCUUCAGCAUCGACCCACACAUUAUAACAGAUUGCAUAGGAGUCACGCCGCUGGAUGUACCUGAAGGCUUCGUGAAUAGUGACUUCAAAAACUUUACUCUUAAGUUUCACAAGCUCAUCAAUGUUACAAUACAGUUUCAACUAAAGGCUAUAAAUCUUCAGUCCAUCAUAAACAAUGAGAUUCCUGACUGUUACACUUUUUUAAUCACGAUCAUGCUGGACAAUAAGGCUCACAGCGGCAAGGUGAAGAUCAGUCUGGAUAAUGAGGUCUCUAUCAAGGAGUGCAAAGACCCCAGUGUAUCCGGCCAUGCGGAGAGCAACUCCCGUCUGGCCUUUGACGUGGUCGUGGGCCUGAUUUGUGCCAUCUCGCUGUUGCUCUGUGGGCGCUCCAUUCUCAGAGGAAUCCUCCUUCAGCGUGAGUUUGUCAGGUACUUCAAGAACAAACUGGAUUAUACGGUGUGUUGGGGGGACAGGAUGGAGUUCAUCAAUGGCUGGUACAUCCUGCUCAUCAUCAGCGACGUGCUCACAAUCACUGGCUCGUUAAUAAAGAUCCGCAUCGAGUCCAAGGAAAUCUCCUCCUAUGACGUGUGUGGCAUUUUGUUGGGAACGUCAACACUGUUGGUGUGGGUCGGCGUGAUUCGCUACCUCAGCUUCUUCCAGAAGUACAAUAUUCUGAUCGUGACGUUGCGAGCAGCAUUCCCUAACGUGAUCCGUUUCUCCUGCUGCGUCGCAGUGAUCUAUCUGGGCUACUGCUUCUGCGGUUGGAUCGUUUUAGGACCGUACCACGUUAAGUUCCGCUCUAUGGCCAUGGUGUCCGAGUGCCUGUUCUCUCUGAUAAACGGAGACGACAUGUUCGUCACCUUCAGCGGCAUGCAGGAGAGCAGCACACUGGUGUGGAUCUUCAGCCAGUUGUACCUCUACACAUUCAUCUCCCUGUUCAUUUACAUGGUGCUGUCACUCUUCAUCGCCCUCAUCACCGGGGCGUAUGAGACCAUCAAGCACCAAACUCAGGAGCCCAUUCACAUCACCGAUUUACACGCGUUCAUCGCAGAGUGCAAAGACACGCCCAGUUCCGGAAAGUUCCGUGGACUGGAGUCGUCGCCAUGCUCCUUCUUCUGCUGCUGUGACAGAACCACCACUUAUGAAGACGUUCUACUAGUGAACUAGUCGUUCAACUACAGCUCUUAUGCUCCCUGCUGGUGACGGUGUGAUGACGAUGAUGCACCGAUUCCAUGUUUGUAACAACGUCAAUGCAGAUACAAAGUGCCACAUGCGAUACACAUUUACCUCCACACACUCAUAACACACUGCAGGAGAGAGGAUUUUCCUCCUGGAUCUGAUGUUGAAAAGAAAAGAAAAGAAAAGAAAAGGAAAAAAAAGCACAGCAUGACCAAAACCGAGCGACGGAAAGGAGAAGAUUUCUGUUUUCUAUUUCUGUCUGUGACCUGCUCCACAGAGAGCAGCACUAUGUUGGUGCGGUGCACAUUUAAGACGGGUGUAUGUUAGGAGGUCAGUGUUUUAUGUGUCGUAUUGAACAUGAUUUUAUUGUGCUGGUAACUUAGCAGGAGCUUCUAUAUUUAAGUUAACUUAAAUAUGUUUCUAUUUAAUUUACCAGUGCUACUGUUAAAGUCUUUGCAUUGUUUUAAAGGCAUGUCUAAUUUUUCAUUUUGACGAAGACGAAACUGCCAUUGCACCGUACCUCAUUUUCACUACCCCACACAUCGCAUUUGGUCAGUAAUCACUUCCUCGUUGAUCUUUUCACGAUUCUAGGAUACAAGAAUAAGCUGCUCUUAGAUCUACUGGGCCGUUUUGAAAUAUUUAACGUUCUCCACACAUUCCAGCAGGAAAAUAUCUGCUCAGACAAAUGAUUUGGAUUCGAACGUCAACGUUUAUCCAAUGAGGACAUGGAGGCAUCUCUACUGGCCUAGUCCUGUCUUCUGUCCAUUCAGAAAGCUCGCUCUGUGGUUCCAGUGUUCAGGCAUUCUGACCCAGGCAAGAGUUUUGUAGUUAACAAUGAAGUGAGGGGCCAUAAUCGCGUUUCUGCCAAAAUUGUCUCAACUAAUUCUUCUUUUUCUGCAUUAUAGAUAUUUCCCAAAAUGCAUUUCCACUUUGGAAAAUAUAGGAAAUGAAAGACAUUUUGGUCCGUUCAGACAUCUUUUGAGAAGCUGAACAGUAUGUUCACAGGGUUUCCUCUGUUCUUCUGUGCCUGAAUGUAAACAAGCUCAUCAGGGUGCAGCGUCAUUUCUUUAAGUUCCAGAACAAUAGGAUUCACUAAACGUAUGUGACGGCAUGUGACCUAGAUCAUGAACAGAAUACACGUACGCUCUGUUCUGGAUUUCAAAGAUCACAGCCACUGCGACGACGGCUCAGUAUGUGGGGACCGAGCUAGAUUUUAAUUCCUUUAAUAUUCAUUCAGAAGCUCAAAGAACUGAAGUAGGCUGUGACUGUGCCAACACUUGUUUAUUUUUCAUGUUUAAGCCUCAAUCAUGAUGUACAGAAUUUUAAUUUAUAUAUAUAUAUAUAUAUAUAUAUAGAUAUAUAUAGAUAUAUAUAUUUGUAUAUGUGUAUUGUAAUUAGUUUCUAUGUGUAUAGUGAGUUUUAAAUGCACCAGCAGUAAAGAGGAUGCAUUUAACUCUACAGUAACGCACAAUUUGUUUGAACAAGCUCAAUUUCCCUUUGAGGCUGAUCUAGUCUCCCUGAUUGUAAUUUAUUUGACUAAUCAUUACAGAAGAAAGUGGGAAACUGCCCUGAGAUCAGUGUACAAACGCUUUUGUAUCGACAUGUACACUUUAUGUUGAACUCUUAUGUUUUACAUUGAUGAAGAUUCCUAACUAAACUUAUUCUUUGUGUAAUGAUUUGCUUAUGAGUUAUGUAAUAUAUAAAAAUUCAAAUUUUCCGUUUUGUCUUUUACCUAUUAUUAUUUGUGCUUGAUGAACAGAUUACAAGCCCCUAAUGUCUGUUUUUUAAAUAUAGCUGUUUUGGACACUUUUAAUGCAGAGCAAUGUGUUUUUGUUUGUUUGUUUGUUUGUUUGUUUGUUUUUGUCUCUGGUUAAUUGAUCAGUUUCGACACACAUGUAUUACUAACACUGAUACACAUCCAAUACAGAGAUUUUUCCCAGCAGCCUCUGAGAAAAUCCUUGAAUCUGUUGUACGUCAUGUAAAUAUUUUCUAUAAUGUUGUGACCUAUUUAAGGAUCUUGCUCCUUCCUCAUAAAAAAUGGAAACAUUUCCCA